GUUAUCGGUCCAAAUUAAAGAUAGCGUUACAUUGCUCGCAAAAUAUGGCUAUAGUUUCCAACUUCAAUACGUAACAUCCAAGCCUUGCGUAACAUCUCUUACUAUGAGCGUUGAAUGUUGCGUUGAAUGGAGUUGUAUUCUGCAAUUUCAAAAACUCAUUAUAUACCCCUUGCAAGAAAAGUAUCCGGUUUUAAGUUUAAGAGGCUUUUGGUGUAGUUUUUACGUGGUGUGCUCUAUGGUCUAAGACUCGGGCGCUUAAUGCGAGAGAACGGGGUAGUGCUCCUCUCAUCUAUGGAGCCACCAGAAGAUUAUUUCAAAAGCUAUGAAGAUCUGGCGGUACACAGACUGAUGCUGGAUGACUCGGCACGCAUCGAUGCCUACAAGCAUGCAAUCGACGCCAUCAAGGACUUCCUGGUUGGCCGUGUCGUCAUGGAUGUAGGGGCCGGCACAGGAAUCUUGUCAAUGCUGUGUGCCCAAGCGGGUGCGAGGAAGGUGUAUGCAGUGGAGGCGUCCGGGAUUGCGUCCGUCGCUAGCCGGCUGGUGGAAGCCAACAACUUGUCGCAUGUCGUUCAGGUGCUGCAAAGCAAAGUAGAGGAGUUAGAGCUGCCUGAAGGAGAGAAGGUGGACGCCAUAGUAUCAGAGUGGAUGGGCUUCUACCUGCUGCACGAGAGCAUGCUGGACUCUGUGCUGGUCGCCAGAGACCGUUUCCUAGCGCCGGGAGGCAAGAUUCUGCCCGAAAUGGCAACGCUGGUAGCCUGCCCCUGCAGUCUUCCGCGCUACCAUUCUCAUUGGCGGGAAGAUUUCUACGGUCUUGACCUGUCUCUUUUCGGAGAGCUGGAACGCUCAUCUCGAGGCACCCAACCUCUUGUUACUGACGUGCAUCCUGAGGACCUGUUGGCAGAGCCCAUAACCAUCUGGCAGUUGGACUUGCAGCAGGCAAAGUGUGCAGACCUGGACUGUCUGCGUGAUCGACGCGUGGUACUUUUGAACCGUGAGGGCAGCUUCGAAGGUCUGUGCCUGUGGUUCGAGUGCCGUUUCCCGGGGCAGGGCGGAGUGCUGUCGACUGGGCCGGCUGCCCCGCGCACCCACUGGCAGCAGACUGCGCUGGUGCUGCCCAGCACACACCCCGUGGAGGCGUUUGAGUGUGUGGCAUGGGAGCUGGUCCUGGCGAGGAGUAGCGAUGACACACGACACUACAACAUCCAGCUGUCCUUGCUGGACCCCGACACAGAACCACAUCCAAUACCCUGCGACUGUAUUGCCUCGCGCUGCGCCCUGAUUGGUUGCGUGGUGGAACAGUACCAGAAAACGCAUCACAAUUAAGCUGACAUACACUCCUAUCACGGUAAUCAAAUAAAUCAAAGUUGAAAAAUUCAUUGGUACAAUUGUGCUUUAACAUUGAGCAUGGGCGCGAAGGCUCUGACCAGUCACCAUUGUGUGCUUAAUCCACCGAGGCAGGCUUCUCACCACACCAUUGGAUUCAUUGUUUUUUUACUUUUACUUGUUUGUUUAUAUUAUCAUCUAAUUACUUUUAUGUACAUCCUCGGUACCUGUCUUUGGUGGAAGACUAUUAUAUAAUCAAUAUUGGCAAAUGCUACAUAUAAGAAUAGAUGCAAAUUUGAGUCUGAAAUUUAAGGGUUGCUAGAGCACAUGUUGGCGAUCUGUACAAAAUAAAAGUUUUGUGUACCACUGCUUAGACAGUGAUAGUUGCAUAAACGGCUGUUAGGGUACUGGCGGCAAUAGGCAGACAUUUCCUGUCACUGUCAGUUGUAAGUUGGCUACUAUGCAGCAUAAGGCUUACUGUGUUCUUGAGUUUGCAAGAAGUAAGUCCACUGUAACUGCAGCAAGCAUUUCGUCACCAACUAGGAAAAGAGCAUAAACUGUUGAUUUAAACAAUUUCAACAAACUGGAUGUCUCUGCAAAAUAAAAAAACCCAAGCUGUUUGCGUGUGUCAGAUGAUGAUGUUAGACGAAUAGAAGACAGUUUAGUUCGUAGUCCAAGAAAGUCAACCAAUAGAGUUAGCAGAGAACUAGGAAUUCCCCAAUGAACCGUGUGGCGAGUUUUGAGAUGGCAUUUGCUGUGCAAGUCCUACAGCGCACAACUUGUGCAGGCUCUCCUUAAGAAUGAUGAAGAAUAGCCUAUUGGAUUUUGUGGUGAUGUGCUAGAAAUGGAGAAUGACACAUUUCUAUGACGCUUAAUUUUUAACGAUGCUACAUUCUACUAUAUUGGUGGAAAACGUUAUGUAAUGUCAUGACAUGCUGGCAUGCUUAUUUUUAAGAAUAGUAUAAUAUUGUGGAGCAGAAUUUUAUGUAAAUUUCUUUUAAUAAUUUUCAAAGUUUAUAUAAUGGCUUUUGCUUUUACAUGCCAGUGUACUACCAUAUUUUGAGAUUCAUAUUUGUUAAAGAAAAUAAAUGUGCUCAUUGUUUGAAAAAAAUAAA